AUGGAUUCGCUGAAAUCAGGGUUAGCUACCGCAGGGAAGUUUACCUAUAAGGGUACCAAGACAGUUGCCAAGGCUGGUUACAACACUAGCAAGAAGCAUAUGCAUAAGAAAGACAAAGAUACACAUCAUACCGAUCACCAUGAAGAAGAUGAGUACUCGGAAGAUUACCAUACCCCUAGAAGUGUCAAUACGCUGAGGGAUCCUUCAUCGUUCCCACCUCCUCCUACUAGAUCAGGGCAAGCUGGACAUGUAGCUGGAAAUACUGCUGGUAGUAUUGCUGGUAACUACAGUGGUUACUCACAACCUACUGCAGCAGCAAAUAACACAAUAAGUUACAAUGCACAGGCACAAAAUACCCCCUAUAGCAGUCCGGCACAACAGCAACCUGUAAGUCCACAACCACCUGUUCAGAAUAGUCAGUACAAUCCCACUCAAAACUACGCAAUACAACAACCACAACAACCGGCUGGCACUAAUGCCAACUAUUCUUACGGAAAUCAACAGCAUCCAGCAGGUCAAGCGCCAAUUGUUAACAGUAUUACACCGAAUCAUCAGUACAAUGCCAAUAAUACAUUUCAAAGUAAUUUACCUAACCAACAACUCAAUGUUGCAGCACCUACACAAUCUACAAAUAAUAACUUUAACCAAAUGGCGGCUAAUAACACAUAUACGAACUCAGCACAAGUAGCUUACAAUUCUCAACAGCAACAAUUACAACAAAACUCACAACAAAAUACAUACAGUAAUGCACCCUACCAAGUACAAGCACAAGCAGCUUACAAUCCAUUACCUCAACAGCAACAACAGCAGCAACAACAACCAGAAUACAAUACACAAUUACAGCAGAAUCAGCAAUUACAUAACCAGCAAGCCUAUGGCCAGCAACAGCAGAUAUAUUCUAAUAACACACAACCACAGUAUGUUUCACAAACACAACAAACCUCUUAUACACAAAAUGCACCCCCGCAGCAGACACGAUCACCAGAACAGCCAGUAUACGGUCAAGGAAUAACGCCCCCUGUUCAAGCCAAUGCAUACAGACCCAUGCCGUCGAUUCCACCAGAUGUUAACCAAACUGCGAUCACUUCAACCAAUUCUGCCAAUGAGGCAUUGCAAAACCGAAUACCGAUGAAUAAUGUGGACUUAUCAUCAUUACCGCCUCCGCCAACCCAUAGAGACAGGGGGCGUGCUUCUGUAGAAAAUGAGACAAUUGAUGAAAAUAUGCAGACUAACAAUUCUACUAUUGAUAGCAGUUCCGUAGCAUCAGCAGAUAUUAAUAAUAAUUCAAUUCGAAACAUACCUGCUCCUGCAGUAGGUCCACCAGGCGCAGCAACCAGAGCAGUCCCGCCUCCACCACCUAGAAGAACCACCAGCCAAUCUAUGAGUACAAAUUCAGUGGUUGAGACUUCCCCAGGGAUAAACUCAAUAGAACAGAUAAACAAUUACUAUGAUGGCACAUAUGCUGGUCAUUCCGCUAAUGAAAGGCCACCAAUUACGAAUACUUUGAAAAGAGGCACUCCACCACUCCCUAGACGCAGUACUUCUACUAAAAUGAAUACACAACCAAACCCUCAAACUCCAAUUUCACCAUCUAGGGAUACCAAUAUGGAUUUGCAAAGACGAAGUACAGUUUCCUCAAUUCAAUCCAGUAACAGGCCAAUGCCCGACCCGCCAAUUAGAAAAGAUAAUAUCCAGGAAAAUAACAUCGAAUCUAAACAAGUUAACCAAGAAGUAAAUAGUCAAAUGUCAGUAUCUAACAUUGGAAUUGGAGAUAUUACUUCAGAAUUGCAACAUAUUAAGCUAAAAUCUGUCGGAAACUCUUAUGAAAGAGAGAUUCAUGGUGAAGCUGCUACUGAAGUGGUUCACAAUAAGCCAUUAAAGAAAAAGCCACCAACGGUACCCAAAAAGAAGGAUUCCUUAAAAGGUAAAGCUCCUCCACCGGUUCCAAAGAAAAAGCCUACGUUAACUUCAUUUGUACAUAGCUGA